UGAGGUCAAAAUCUCACUUAACUCAUUUAAUUUUGACUGUCUAACAUGAAUCUGCAAAAUAACUUUACAGGGAAUUCCCUUUAUGCGUGUGUUCUUGGUACGCGUGGGUUAAGGGGAAGUAACUGUGCAUAUAUAGUAAGUAAAUGACAGUGUUGUUACAACCAGCUUUGUUGACCAACUCACACAGUAGUCAGACUGAAGCCAGUAUGGAGUUGACGAUUCUUCUCACAGCCUUCAUGGGAUGUAUUGGGGUCCUACGCUCAGAGGCCACUGCAGAUUCCAUAGAGAUGCUGUGUCCCAGAAUCCUCCAGCCCCAUAGGUCCAAAAUAAGAGCUGGUCUAGGAGAGCAGUUGGUUAUUGAAUGUAAGGCAGACCCAGGCCUUCCUGAUGACUUUACCCUUGUCUACUGGCUGGUCAACAGAAUCUUCCCAGAGGUAGCCUACACUGAUGGCAGAGUAUCAGAAACAGAGGAAUCAGCCUCAGAGGACGGCAGGGUGAUCCAGAGGAGUCUGGUGUUCAAGAACGUGACUGCAGAAGAUUUCAGGUCCACUUUUACCUGUGUGAUAAGAAGCCUGGCUGGGCUUGACCAAAGGACUGUCACACUGAUGCCCAAUCACAAGGCUAGUUUUCCCUCAUUACCUCAAGUCCUCUCCCCUCGUCCUUCACUCACUCCCAACUCAAAACACCUGGGGAAACCGAGAAAAGAACUCAAGAAGAAACAUAGGAAAAAGGAUCAGAGAAAAAAACGAAACCACGCUUGCAAGAAAUGAGUCUUAGUCCACUUGUGUAUCAUCCAUACCUCGGUCAACAACAACUAUUGCUCCAUCUAGUGAUAAGUCAAAUAUGGAUUCUAAUGCAAUGUUGAGGACUCAAAUAAUAGGGAUGGAUAAGAAAAUACAUUAAAUUGUUGACAAGUUGUUUUUGUUGUUGCACAGACUCUGUAGCCUAGAUUAAAGACAGUUUAGUUUAGAGGGAACUUCUCUUCAUAUGUCCUUAUUUUUUUCACAUCUGUUAGAAAUUGAUUCAAUUGUGUUUUAUCAUAUUACAGUGAGACCAUAACUGUUCUGGUAGUAGGCAGCCAUUGCAAAUAAGGUUGCAUCAUGUCAUUUGUGUGCACCUUGUAAGCUCAUAUAAAACACUGAUAACAGUGCAUCAGCUCACUAUUGUGUAAAGCAGGGAGGACCCCUUCUGAAGGCCUGCGGAUCAAUUUCCAAAUGUUUUUGUAUUUUUUUUUAGGAACUCAGUCAGGGUCUCAAUUUACUGUUGAGAGUUAGAAUAGUAGAAUACACAACAUGCCAGGGUCAAUUCCAUUUCAAUUCACGAAGUACAAUGAAAUUUCAACUCCAUUGCUUUUCAAUGAGAAAUGUGGAAUUGGGUUCUUAGAAUUUACUGGAAUUUAAAUGGAAUUGACUCAACCCUGCAAUGUGCAAUUUAGAAAUGUGGUUGAAUCAGCAAUUUCUCUCUUAUGUCAGUCACUGAUAGUCACUCAAUUAGCCCAUGUCCGCUAACAUUUUUUAGAUUGGUAAGUUAGUUGAG